AUGACCGCCUCCAACCUUGUUCCCAUCAGUCAGCGAUGGUACAAUGCAAAAUUAAUACUUCGUGUUCUGAUCGUUUGCCUCUGUGGCGCCAACAUGGGUCUUUCAGUCCUUACAAGUUUCGGUUCACUAAUCAUGGGUCCGGUCAUGAUCGCCGAUAUCGUUUGGACGCUCGCAGAGCUCAUCACCCUCGCCAUUCGAAGGGCCAAGAGAAGGGGCAUCCACCCUAUUGCACAUCUGGUUUUCGACGUGCUCUUUGUGCUGGCAUAUCUCUUCAGCACGAUCGCGUGGGCCUUUGGUCUCGCCCAUGCUUCGAGUCACAAUGAGCGCGUUGUUUACUUCCGUCGCCGCAACCAAGUCGCAGAGGCUUUUGUCAUGCUAUUCGUACUAGCAUUGCUGAUCUUCCAUUCUGUACUGUUCGUCCGCAGCUGCAUCGAGGUUCAUCAACGAAGGUUGGCAAGGAGAGCCUCAAAGGAUACAAACCACACUCUUCGAAAAGACGCAGGAUUUGAGGCCGAUCGCGAAUCUCAAGCCGCCAAUACCGAUUAG